AUGGAUUCCUUCAUCCCCCAGGAAAAUGUUCUUUCCCUUUUCGACCCGCUUGUGAGGCCUGAAACUCCCCCACGGAACACCAGCUCCCCCGAGCCUGCUUCAGACAAGGAAAACGAUGUACAGCCGGGACCGGUAACCGUCUUUUUCAGCAGGAUAUACAAAGAUAUACCCGUGCAGAAGAUUUCAAAGAAUCCGAAGGGGAAGCUCAUCGACUUUGGGGAGCGCACCCCGGUGCCGCCGAGGCAAGAAGACAUGCUUGGUGAUGAGGGCUUUGACUGUUUCGCGGAGGAUGAGGAGGAGGUACCAGACUCGCCAGGCGUGAGUAGGAGACCUCUGGCAGACAUAGACCUCGAGCAGAUACCCCAAACUCUACGUCGACCGUCGAUUAUCCCGGAAGACCUAGAAGAUGUCCAGUCCGUGUACGAUCCUGUCUCGAGCGCGCCCGCGGGCACACCCUUUACGGACGUUGUCAACUCUAUUAAUCUCUCUGCGAUGACUCUUACAGACUUUCAGGAUCCUCCAGUCGCGUCGAGCGCGUUCAUAUGCCCGAAUAUCGCGGUCUGCUCUCCAGAACCAGCGGUGAUCGCAGAGUCGACUCCAGCGAGGCUCGAGUCAAGGGCCGACACGAGCUGUGGCUCCUCCUUCGUUCUCCUCUCUCCAACCGCGCAUACAUCCACAUCCACCGACUUGCCGCCCUGCGGAACCCGGCGGACGCAAACCUCGAAUCUCACCUCAUCGGCCGACCCGCGGCGCAUCUCUGUCGACCUCCAGUCGACUUUCAGCCUGCACAUGCAGAGCGCAGACAUGUCCUUUGACCUCAUUAACGACAAGAUCUCGUUCCUGAACGCGUCGAACUCCAGCUGGACAAUCGUCGACGCCGACCGGGACGAUGACACGUUCGAACUCACGAAACAGAGAUUACACAUUAGCGGAACAGGAGCGCGGCACAUGGAGAUGCCGGAUGCCAACUUGGACGAGGACACGCUGGAUCUUGCGAAGGAGCAGAAGCGAAUUGAGGUUCUGCAGAAGUGCGAGCCCAUACGCGAAGAGAGUUUGGAUGAGAUUGUCGUUGUGGUUCCGAGAGUGAAAGAGCUCACCCCACCGAAGCCUACGCCCUCUAUUGGGCACACUCUCGAAAGUGCAGCCAAAGCACCGGCCAGACCGCCGGUCUUCAGCUUGCCUCCUGCUACCUCGACAAAAGUGGAGCCAAGGUCUGAGCAUAAGCCAGCCGAAUUGACGAAGCCCCUCCCUACGCCUCAUCUGACGAAGAAGACCUGGACAACACAACACGAGCGCGUCUCCUCCUCCACCAGCACCACCAGCACUUUAAGUUCCAGUGCCGGCUCCUCCACCAUUGCUAGCUCCCGCCGGUCCUCAAUAUCGAGCUCCCUUCCCACAUUAAGCUCAAGUUCGGUCUUUGACGUGUCGCGUUCUGCCAGUACCACCGUCGCAAAGACACCCGCACGUCGGUUGUCCAGUGUUUCCACUACCUCCUCAAUAACUGGCGCCCCUAAGGCUGCAGCGCGAGGGUUCCAAAGACCUCUACCGGCCCCUCUUCCCGCACUUUCUGCUUUUGCAAGGCCGAAUGGUGCUGCCAGGGCGCCAUCUCCCACAAAGCCUGGUCCUGUGCCCAAGAGUGCGCCCGUGUCGGAGCCACUCGCACCGCCCAGGCCUUCGGCGGGUGUGAAGCCGACGUUUACUGCAUCCGUGAACCGACUCCAGCGCCCAGCUCCUACCGGCCUAACGGCGUGGCGCGGCAGCGUCAGGGCGACGGUGAAGCCUGUGGUACCGGGUUUGAGGCAUCCUGUGCCCUCUCUGGCGAGUACUGGUCCGUCCGCCGUCGUGGCGAAUUCUGGUCUGGGUGCCAUAAAGAGCGGUCUACCAAGGCCCGCAUCACGGUUGCCUGCCCCAACCAAAAGCACUUUUGGUGGCGCGAGGAGGUUGUGA